AUGCGCGCGUGGUGGCCCAUGCCUGUUGCAGUGAUCAGCUCAUCCUCAAAUAUUUUGUGAAAGAUCCUCUUGUACUGCGACCGAGUCACGGCCUCCACUAGCUCCUAUCCUCCACGAACCAGAGUUCAUUCUCCAGACUGGUCCCUUCAGUCACAUUGUUACUAUUCUGGAGCGGAGCUCAGCCCUAUUACAUCUUUAUCUUCCUCUUGCUAAAGCGGUUGCAAGAGACUGUAGCACAGACAAAAAUAGGCCAUGGGCACAUUCCUUUUGCUUCACACCUAUUAUGCACAUGCGGAAACUCUUUCUCAUAUGUACUAGGAACUCCAGGUGGCUGUAUAUAGUGCUCCCCGCACUGAUUGCGGGGUCCUCCCCUUGUACGGCUCAAUAUGGAGGCGAGACCCUGCAAUUCCUCAAAAUGAUGACACACCUCACGGUCAAAGACUACAUCGACUUUGGUAACCCUCACGGUCAGCUCCCUCUCUCACCGCACCCAACACUAGCAUUGUAAUUAGAGGGGUUCCACACGAUGUGUGCCGGUCAGCUCUCUCUCUCUCACCCACUGUAUCCAGAGAAGCCUAUAUCACUAAGUACAGUAGUAUAUCUUAGGGAUAGGGGACUUCUUGUCUCUCUGUCGCCUGUGUAUGGUGGAGAAGACGUUCAUCAGUGGAGGGUUGAUUGACAUUCUUAGUCCGCAGCUCAGCUCAACUCUUGUGUGGUGUCUGAGUCAUGUGACUCAUCCCUACGUCCACCUCACCGAGGACAGCUACGAUCAGGUCAGUCUUCCCCUGCUGUCGGUGUUCGGGAAGGAUGCUCCUUCGAGUCAGUGGCUGUGCGUGUUUUUACUGGACAAGGUGACCUUUAACCUCUCUGUCUGGUCAAUGGAGGAGUCUGUUGCCGUGGAUACCGUCGCACUACUGGGGACUCUCGUCAAGAACACUGACAGGCAAGGAGAAGAAAAUAAACUUGACCGGAAAGUGAGGUUGAGAUAUCAUUAGUUGUCUGAAUUUCGUGUGUGUGUGUGUGUGUGUGUGUCGUUACCAGCCUUGCGUGUGACUACGCCUUAUUACUUCACUUUAUUGUCGUACAUGUACUACAUAUGUCUCCCCCCUCCCCCCAGGGCGUCUGUGGUUGUGAAAUGUGAGAUGAUCUGGUCACUAAUGAGAGGGUUUGCCUCCGGAGGUCCCGAGGUGGCCGCCCUCCCUCCCCGGGCCCAGCGAGACCUCGUCACCUCCCUCGUCAGAUGUGCAGUCAGAGAGUCCAGACAACCCUUCCUCUCUCAGAGGUUCUCGUCUCUGGUUCUGAACCCAAACCUGAGACCAGGAGAGAGCCACAGCCCAGCGACCAUCAGGGAACUCCUGUGUCUCCUGGAGGCCCUGUGUGGACUGGCACUCAACACCCGACCUGCCCUCAUACAGGUGUGGGUGGGUCUCUAUAGUCACUAAGGUUGUCUCUAUCUCAAAGGGUCCCUUAUCGGAGGUUCCGCUGUAUUCAUGAGUCGACGCCGUUGUUUCCUUACGUAGGAGUUCUUUGACUACCUGCUACCUCUAUUGCAAGCCUCAGUCCAGUUGCUGGAGCUGUACACACACACACCAGAGGUCGUGGGGGUCAUUCUCGAGCUCUUUGCGCUGUCAGCUGAGAACUAUGUCGUCUUUCUCAGCCAGGAGCAUACUAUGGAGCUGUACAAGGUGUGUCUGGAUCUCAUACACUCGUACGCCCGUUCCAAUACCGGCAAGUACAGGAGAACCGGUCUGGGUCUGGACGAGGAGGAAUCCUGCGAGGACCUCCUGCAAUUCCUCAAAAUGAUGACACACCUCACCGUCAAAGACUACAUCGACUUUGAUGGAGAGUCGGUGAAGCCAGUUGACGUGGUCGUAGCCGGACUGAACACAAUCCUCCCUCUCAUGACCAAUGAAAUCCUCAAGUUCUACAUUCUAGUCAACUAUGUCUGUGAGAGCUGUCCAGAAAAGCUCCCCACAAUUCCCCACCAGUUGUUCCUCACCUUCAUGGACCUACUGGAGACCGGUCUACACAACUAUGGCCCUGAGGUCCGGAUCCUCUGUCUAGAGGGUAUCGAGGGUGUGGCUUCCUGCCACGCCCGGGCGGGGCCUCCCCACUCCUCCCAGACUCUCACCGAUGUGAUAUUUGAUCAAAUGCUGAGUGCUUCAUUUGAUAUGGACACCAUUCAUUCCACCAGUGGAGCAGUCUAUGCCAUCAUAUGCUACCAUAUGGAAAGCUACCUAUCCCUAGCCAACUCCCUCAUCUCCUCCCAGUCAGAUCCCCAGAACCAGAGCCGUCUCAUGGAGGCCUUCUCUCUCCUCACUCCUCCCUCUCUCCCUCUGGACUCCAAGAGAACUUCCAAAAUCACUUUCAGAAAGAACCUCGAGCAGUUUCUACCGUUUGUGAAAGGUUUCUUGUGUUACAAAUGACGACACACACGUUUCAUCAUCAGUUGUUUUCUUUUUUUUACCAUUAUAGCAACUAUCUGGCGUCAUAUACCAUUCUGUGGGAUGAAUGCUUUUUAUUUCAUAGUGAGACUUGUAAUCAUGUGAGGGAGGACAUAUGUACUUGCAGUUUGGUGGGAAAGUUUGUGGCACAAAACUUUUGCAGAUUAAUUUUUGUAGGUUUACACCCACAAAAUGUCGCAGACAAAAAAAAGACUUCCUCCCCUACAUGUUUUCUAUGUUUACACAACUGCAACAAAGGGCAUGUGGUGCUCCCUGAUUAACCCUCGGCGUGCAUGUGCAGCGAGGGUUAGUGUAGUUGUCGUGUGUGUCUGUCUGUCUGUCUGUCUGUCUGUUACCCAACAUCUCACUUCACGAGC